AUGGACCCUCAUGCAAAGCUUGGGCAGCGAGGGACGGAAUUUGCCACAGCUAUAACAGGAGUAGACCUUGCCCAUUACGAUCCAAUUGCCCCUACACUAAUCGGUGUAACCGAAUUGGUUGUAGGGGGAGCCAUCCUGGGUACCAAUGUUCACAAUCUCAUGGAGAGAAUGAUCACAACGAAGACCACCCUUCACAAUCCGCCCGUAGCUCCACGAAGACCAACAGAAAAUAGAACUGUUAGUUUAAAAUCUAGUAGUACAUAUAAUAGCAGUAAUUCAAUACUUUUAGACAAUACUAUAGUUACGCCAAUUCGCGUUGACGCGCUUGAAGAUGCUCUCUGUGGGCAUCCCGAUUCAUCUUUCUUUUUGAAACUCUGUUCAGACUUGCGUUUCGGUGCUCGUCUCGGUUACGAUGGUCCUCGCAUGUCCAAAUUUUCGAAAAAUCUUAAGUUUGGCAUUGACAAUCCAACUGUUGUUUCAACUAACCUAGCUAAGGAAGUUGCUCUUGACCACACAGCUGUUCCUUUAACCAAUACCCCAUUUGCUAAUUUACAGGUUUCGCCGAUUGGUAUUCUACCUAAAAAAUAUUCAGAUAAAUUUCGAACCAUAUUUCACCUCUCGUUUCCAAAAACGGGAGAAUCAAUCAAUUCCUUUAUUGAGAAAGACAACUUUUUUCAUUGCAGUACAUAA